GCGGUUUGAGAAAGGCAAAAACAAAAACAAAAACAGAUGUAUGUGAGGUCAUGUGGUGUGAUUUUGCGUAUCUUGUGAUGCUCACAUGCGUGGAGAAGCAAAGGCAGAAUCUUUUGCAAAUCCAAAUCCAAAUCUUCUUCCUCAUUCUUGGGCAUUGGAAACAAAAGAAGAAGAAGAAAAAAAAUCCAAAAUUUUUUUAACUCUCUUAUUGUUUACCAUGCAUUGCACGUUGCUUCCCAUCUGGUUCAGUAAAAAAUGAAAAAAAAUGGCUGGCUGGCAGGCAAUCCAAUAACAAAUUCAUUAUUCUAAUAAUAAUUAGAGCGUCUGGUUGAAGUGAAAGCUUGGUGAGCAGGCAUCCGAGCGUGUGAUUUUGGAGUGGGGAAAAAAAAGGAAGGAUUUUGAUUUUCUGACAGAUUUUCCACAACCGAAAUAUCUGCCUGCCCAGCUCACACUUUUCUGCCUUCACAUUUUCUUCGUUUCCACGCUCCUCUAAAUCACUGCCCCGAUUUUGGCCAACUGCUUUUGGGAGAUUUGAAACGCCUGCACAAUCUUUUCAUUAGAAGAUUGUGCUGUUGUUAUACUUGCCUAUUGCCUGCAACAUUUCCCAGACAAGAUCUUCAGGCGUUUCUCUGCUUCUUGAUUUCUUCGCCCUGCUAGAAGAAUCAGCACCAGGUGUUAUAAAAAGGGUCUUUUGGGUCUCUGUAUCACCAAUUUUCUUAGCAGUGUGCACAGUAUUAGAUAUAUGUUUUCAUCAACAGUUUUCCUUUUGGGAAUGGUGUCCAUUAGAGGGGACAGGUCAGCAUCACAAGUUUUCUCCUGAUGAACAAUACCAACUUAAUACUGUGGAGUAUAGAAGAUAUGCUUGCAUAAUCAGAUUGUAUUGAUCAGUAGAGGAGUAAUAAGAUCAAGUAUUGUGGGCAGGGCAGGUACUCAUCACCAGCUUCUAUGGGAAGAACAGAUGAUGGCUUGGACUUAAACUCUCAGAAGCAAAUUGCUAAUGAAGAAGAGCAGCCCAGUACCUCACAAUUCCAUGUGCUUGCUGUGGAUGAUAGCAUUGUGGACAGGAAAGUCAUUGAGAGGCUUCUCAAGAUCUCUGCCUACAAAGUAACUACCGUUGAAAGUGGAAGAAGAGCUCUGGAGUUCCUCGGCCUGGAUGAAGAACAGGACUCAUCAGUAAAAAUUGAUAGCCUUAAGGUUAAAGUAAAUAUGAUUAUCACAGAUUACUGUAUGCCUGGUAUGACAGGCUAUGACUUACUCAAGAAAAUCAAGGAAUCGUCAAGGCUGAAGGAGAUUCCUGUUGUGAUCAUGUCUUCUGAAAAUGUUCUGACUCGGAUCGAUAGAUGUUUGGAGGAAGGAGCAGAAGAGUUCAUACUGAAGCCUGUAAAGCUAUCAGAUGUGAAAAGGUUGAAAGAUCACAUUGUUAAGGGUCUAACAAAGGAACAACUGCAGCAACAGCAACUGCCUACUUCAUCAUCAAAAAGAAAAGCCAUAGCUGAAAACCUUGAAAAUAUACCAGAACAACCUUCAAAAGGAAGACCCAGGCUUGGAGAAUUGACUGUUGCAUAGACUACUGUCAUAGCACCCAACCGGUCCUGGUCUUGACCUUUUUUCCCUUCCCAAUCAAUGCAGAAAAGCCAAUAACUUCUGAUCAAGAUGAGGAUCCAUGUCUCUAUAUGGAAAAGGCUUGUCCAACAAAGAUAACAAGAGAUGAAUUGAAGAAAAAAUAGAGGCAAUUUUCAAGUCUUAUGAUGGCAACUUAGAGGCAUCAUGGAUCAAUCCCUACUUUGGGCUAUUGGAUUCCAUUUUAUGCAUUAGGUCCAUCUAAGUUUGGCCUUAUUUUUGCUACAUUGCUUGCAUUGUGUUGAUUUUGUUUGCUGAUUCUGCCCAAGUGCUGAAAAUGUGAAAAAAUGGCCAGAUUUCAACUUCUCCAUUCAAUGGGGUUGAGAAACCUUAUAUAAGAGAACAGACAGGAAACCAAGCAAACAAUUCACAAUGUACAGGCAGAAGGACAAGCAGAUAAUAUUGUGGAAAAGCUGAAUCAGCCCAACAGUAUCAAUAUUAGCUGCCUUGCAGACCCAUUCAGUCUGCAAUAAUAAUUCAGUCACAAAGAUCUAUUUUGUAAACUGGCGGGCUACCCUCUCCAAGUGAUACAUACAGGCAGACCAAAUGUUGUAUAGAAUUGUGAGCAGGGAUCAAGGAGAGACAGAGCUCACUGCUCUUUCUUUUAUAAAUUGAAUCAGGCAAGGCAAUAUGCUCAUUGGGUUUUGGA